CAGGUGCUGGAGCGCUCCCGCGAUGUGGUGGACGAGGUCAGCGUCUCCCUGCGCCUCUGGGACACCUUCGGGGACCAUCAUAAGGAUCGGCGCUUCGCCUACGGCAGGUCGGACGUGGUCGUGCUCUGCUUCUCGCUGGCGAACCCCAACUCUCUGCGGCACGUGAAGACCAUGUGGUACCCCGAGAUCAAGCACUUCUGCCCCCGCACGCCCAUCGUGCUGGUGGGCUGCCAGCUGGACCUGCGCUACGCCGACCUGGACGCCGUCAACCGCGCACGCCGGCCGCUGGCCAAGCCCAUCAAGCCCUCGGACAUCCUGCCGCCGGAGCGGGGGCACGAGGUGGCGCAGGAGCUGGGGGUGCCGUACUACGAGACCAGCGUGGUGGCGCAGUUCGGGGUGAAGGACGUGUUCGACAACGCCAUCCGCGCUGCGCUCGUGUCCCGCCGCCACCUGCAGUUCUGGAAGUCCCACCUGCGCAAGAUGCAGCGCCCGCUGCUGCAGGCGCCCUUCCUGCCCCCCCAAGCCCCACCGCCCCUCAUCCAGGUGCCCGACGCGCCCCCGGGCUGGGGGGGGGGCCCGGCCGCGCUGUUCCGGGCCCCGCUCUGCGCCGAUGUCGUGUUCCAGCUGCAGGGCGGGCACCGCGUCUUCGCCCACCGCGUGUUCCUGGCCACCGCCUGCUCCCGCUUCUACGACCUGUUCACGCUCGAGGGGCCGCCCGGGACCCCCGGCGAGGGGGACGGGGGCACCCGCGACCUGUCGGGGUGGGGCCGCGGGUUCCUGAGCCUGCGCUGGGAGGAGGUGCCAGAGCCGGCGGCGGGGCGGGAGCGGCGCAUGGCGGUGGUGGCCAUGGACCGGGCCGUGCGGCCGGAGCCGCUGCGCGCCGUGCUGGAGUACCUGUACACCGGGCGGCUGGAGCGGCCCCACGCCGACCUGCGCCAGGUGGGCGCCGUGGCCGAGCUGCUCGAGGUGUUCGACCUGCGCAUGAUGGUGGCCAACGAGCUCAACCAGGAGAGCUUCAUGAACCAGGAGAUCACCAAGGCCUUCCACGUGCGCCGCGCCAACCGCGUCAAGGAGUGCCUGGCCAAGGGCGUCUUCGCGGACGUGGUGUUCCGUGUGGAUGACGGGCUGGUGCCGGCGCACAAGCCGCUGCUCAUCGCUGGCUGCGACUGGAUGAGGGCCAUGUUCCGGGGGGGCUUCCGUGAGAGCUACGCCCAAGAGGUAUCCCUGCCCGGCACCAACUGCGCCUGCCUCCGCGCCGUGCUCGACUUCCUCUACACGGGGGUCUUCACCCCCACGCCCGACCUGGACGCCAUGGAGCUGCUCAUCCUGACGGACCGGCUGUGCCUGCCGCGGCUGCAGGCGCUCACCGAGCAAUACGCCGUGGACGAGCUGCUCCGAGCCUUCAUGCAGCGCGUGGAGAUCGACGAGCAGGUCAUCAUCUACCUGGAGAUGACGCAGUUCCACAACGCCCACCAGUUGGCCGCGUGGUGCCUGCACUACAUCUGCACCAACUACAACCGCGUGUGCCGCCGCUUCCCCCGCGAGAUGAAGUUCAUGUCCCCAGAGAACCAGGCGCACUUCGAGCGGCACCGCUGGCCCCCGGUGUGGUACCUGAAGGAGGAGGAUCUGUACCUGCGCUCCAAGAAGGAGCGGGAGCGCGAGGAGCAGCUCCAGCGCAAGCAGCACCCCCGCAGCAAGUGGUGCUUCUGGCGGCCCUCGCCCCCCGUGUCCUGAGCUGGGGACGAGGGGCUGGGACCCCCGCGUGGGGCUGGGGGGCUUGGCUGGACUGGGAGCCCCUGUGUGGGGCUGGGGGGCUCGGCCGGGCUGGGGGUCCCUGUGUUGGGCGGAAGGGCUCGAGGCUGGGACCCCCACAUGGAGCUGGGGGCUUGGAUGGGUUGGGGGUCCCUGUGCUGAGCUGAGGGGCUUGAGGCUGGGACCCUCACACUGGGCAGGGGAGCUCAGCUGGCCUGGGGGUCCCUGUUCUAAGUGAGGGGCUUGGGGCUGUGGCUCCCAUGCUGGGCUGGGGGUCCCUGUGCUGGGCUGGGGGUCCAUGUGCUGGGCUGGGGGUCCCUGUGCUGGGCUGUGUGGCUCAGGCUCGGGACCCCCACACUGGAAUGGGGGGCUCAGCCCCAGGGACUGCACACAGAACUGAAGGGCUGGGCCCUAUGACCCCCACCCUGGGCUGGGGGGCUCGGCCUUGGGAUCCCCACCCCGGGCUGGGGGGCUCGGCCAGGCUGGGGGUCCCCACCCCAGGCUGGGGGGCUCGGCCAGCCUGCCCCAAGGGCCUGUUUACCUGCCCCACCCCUGGCUGUUUACAGGUUCUGCUGGGGCACAGCCCCCUGCCCACCGUGCCUUCCCCCGGGGGGGCCAUGCUGAGCCCCCCGGCAGGGCCCCCACCCCGGCCAAUGCUGGUGCUACCUCUGACCGAGCAGUAUUUGGGGCUGGGGGUGUGCAGGGAGCGGGGGCUCUGCUGCCCCCCCGUCUUUCUUGAGGGCUUCUCCCCCCGCAGGGCUCUCUGGUGCUGUAUUUUCUCCCCCCCAGGGGGUGGGGGGGCCAAGCUGUGAGGAGGGUGGGUGGGGUGGGUGUGGGGGGGUCCCUGGGUGCUUGUGUGGCUGCGAGAGCCCCCGGCUCAUCUCUGUGCCUUGGACGGGCCCCCGGGCUCUGGGCCCAGGGGGGACAUUGUCCCUGUCCCUGGGCUGUGUCCCCCUGGAGUGGGGGUGGCACCGUCCAAUCCCUCCGGGCUGAACUGCACAACCAUUUUUACACUUUUUUACCCCAGGAGCACAGCGGCCCCCGGGCCUUCCAGGGCCCCCCCGGCCUGGAGUGGGCCCCCCUCGGCCUGGAGUGGGCCCCCCCGCCUCAGCAGCAGCUGUUUUAACCUUUAAUAAAGCUUUUUGUAACAGAC